AUAUAAAGUAGAAAACAUAUUAUUUACCGUUCACAAAGAAUCAAAAGAUGCUAUGUGAUUACUACAUUUAAGUUUUUUAUAGCUUUGAACAAGUGUAAAUUAAAAACAAAGAUGGACGUUGGCAAGGAGAAGAACACUGGAAUUAAUCUUGAAACGAUUGCGCAUCCUGAAAGUGUAAUAAAUGAUUUAGAUUAUAACGAUGCGAUGAGAAGGAAGAAGAAUCUUAGGCUGAAUUUAUUUUGGUUAUGUUUGAUCUGGGUUUUUACCUUCACGGCCUAUUCUGGCUUGCAGAAUUUAGAAACAAGUUUAGUACCGGGUAUCGGAGUUUAUUCCCUCGCUGCCAUAACAGGAGGUGGACUUAUAUCUUGUAUUGUUGCGCCAGCUAUCAUUGGCAAGAUCGGUGCCAAGGGAGCUUUGAUUGUUUCUUGGAUAUGUCUGGCAGUAUUUGUCGCUUCAAAUUAUUACCCACAAAUAUAUGUGCUGCUUCCAGGAGCAGUAAUUGAAGGCCUCUCUACUGGAUUAAUGUGGACUGCGCAGGGCGCAUUUCUCACUACAAUCGCUAUUGAGUAUAGUAAUCUUAUAAACGAGCCUUUGGAAGCUGUUCUAAGUAGAUUCUUUGGUAUAUUUUGUAUGGCUUUCCAAAGUACUCAAAUAUGGGGUAACGUUAUAUCAUCGGCUGUUCUGAAAGAAGAAAUACUUGUUACAAAUUCUUCCACAAACAAUAGUCUACAUUCGCCACCUUCUUUUUGCGGAACAGACGAUUGUCCGUGGGACAAACUUGGCGGGAACGGUACGCAGCCAGUUGACAACAUUCCUCAAUGGAGAGUUUAUACGCUCAUCAGUGUUUAUCUAGGAUUUACAUUAAUUGGACUUAUUAUUACUAUAUUUCUGAUGAAGCCGUUAAACUCUGAGGGGCCCAAUGACGUUAAUGUCGGUAAACAACUUUUGGCAACAUUACGACUGUUGGUAACAGACAUCAGAAUGGCGUUGCUGGUUCCAAUGAGCAUUUGGACAGGCAUGGAGCAAGCUGUUCUGUUUGCAGAAUUCACGAGGUCUUUCGUUGCCUGUGAGCUUGGUAUUAGUUAUGUUGGCUGGACAAUGAUCUGUUUCGGCGUGGUAAACACGGUCAGCUCUCCUUUAUCCGGGCUACUUGGAAAAUACCUUGGUCGGAUGCCACUAUGCUGGAUUGCUACAUUUGUAAAUUUAGGGGUUUUAGCACUAAUGAGAUUCUGGACUCCUUCUAGAAAUGAAAUUUACGUAUAUUUCAUAAUACCUGGUCUAUGGGGACUUGCGGAUGCAAUAUGGCAGACACAGAGUGGAGCCAUGGUUGGCGCCAUUUUCUCUACAAACCAGGAACCAGCGUACGCUAAUCUCCGUUUAUUUCAAGCUUCCGGGUUCACAAUGGCGUAUUUGUACAGUAACUCCCUCUGUGAAUACAUCAAGCUUUAUAUAGCAGGCGCUUUUGUUGUGUUUGCAACGCUGUUACAGACUAUAGUCGAAAUUAUAGUGCGGAGGAGUGACAAUCAAGUGAUAGAACUAAAUGUCCGUUACUGAUGAAGUUCGAUUUGUAUACAAUCAUGUAGUUAAUUCAAAUUAACUUCUCCACAUUUUUGGAGUCAGAAGUCUCAUAUGUAUGAGGAUUUAAUUCAUAAUUAAUCUAGACUAUAAAUCGGAUUAGUUUUAGGUUUAAAAAAGGCUGUGAGUGUUUUUGUUAAAUUGAUUAAUCAAAAAUGGAUUAUAUAUCGUUGUAAACUUUGUUCUAAGAUGUGUACGUCCUGUCAUUUUAAAAGAGAUAAAAAUAAACAUUUGCUUAAAUUCAAAUGAAUGUACAUGUAUAUCAAUGUAAUAAAAUCAAGUGCAGCUAUAUGUAAUGUAUAUACAAUCAGCUUUAUCCGCUGUAUAGAUCUCUCUAACAGUGCUGAUCGUUUACAGUAGAUGGUAUGCAACUAAAACAGGUGUAUUAAUUUGGCGGCCCAGCGGCGUGAAGUUGGCGGUUAUCGGUCUAGCGGAGUAAAUUUGGC